UUUUAUGGUUUAUUGAAAAUACAGAUUAUACAGAUACCUGUCAAGUUUCGGAACACCUCGAUUGUUGCUAAUACAAUAUAAACGUUUUUUUUUCUAAAGUUUUAUUCUUUAUUUUAUUUAAACAUAAUUUACAAAUCGAAUAAUAGUGUGAGAAACUAAUAGUUUUGUGAUAAUGCCAAGUAAAAAGAAAAAAUAUAAUGCACGUUUUCCAGCAGGUAGAAUAAAAAAAAUUAUGCAGACUGAUGAAGAAGUUGGAAAAGUUGCACAAGCAGUGCCAAUUAUAAUUUCUAGAACAUUAGAAUUAUUUGUACAUUCAUUACUUACAAAAACCAUGGAAAUCACAAGUGCCAAAAAUGCCAAAACUUUAAGUCCAUCUCAUAUGAAACAAUGUAUUUUAUCAGAAAGUCGCUUUGAUUUUUUAAAAGAUUUAGUAAAAUCUUUACCAGAUGUAUCAGGACCUGAUGAAGAAGUGCCUACACCACCAUUAACACCAGCUCCAAUAAAUACAAAUACAAAUAUAUCAAAUACAUCUACAAUACAGCAUUCAGAUAUAGGAGUUCAGAAGCAGCAAAUGGGAUUAACUACUGAAAUAAAUAUAGAACAUAAAAAUUCAAAAGAUAAUGAAGGAAUAGGAAUAUAUAAUUCAGGUGCUGUUAAUGAAAUGGUUAAAAAUACAACUAUCUCUCAAGUUCCAAAAUUUCAAAUAUCUGUGCCUGCAUCAUUUCAAAUUAGUCAACCUAAUUUUUAUACAGAAGUUAAUCCUAUGAAUUUAAGUACAAAUACAUCAACUGUAAAUACAAAUAAUCAACCAACAUCAAAUUUUGCUCACACUGCUACUCUGGAUGAAGAUUAUGAUACAUAGUUAUUUUUCAAAUAUUAGAAAUAUAAAUUUAAAUUUGAAAUAAUAAUUGAAAUGUUUGCUCGAAUAAUAUUACAAAGUUUUCUUUAAAAAGUUCAUUUGAUAUACUAGAAAUAAUUUUCAUUAUUUGAACAUUUUUGUUACUUAUACACUCUGACAAUUAUAAAUUUUUAUAUUUUUAUAUAUUUGUUCUAUUAAAUUAUAAAUCUUGUUCACAUUAGUUAAAACUACAUAUUUGGUAUUUAAAAAAUAUGUUGUAUAACCCUACUCAAUUAUCAUGAAGCACUCAUAUUUUAAAUACUUUAUAUUGAUGUAUACACAUGUAUAAUAAGUGUGAAUAUUUGGACUUACACAAU